UCCUUCCUUCCCUCCCUCGCUCCCUCACACAGCCGCCGCGGUCGGUGCUACCACAGCGGUACGCGCUCUUCUCGUCCCCGGUGCAUCCGGCCUGCAGUGCUUCUGAUUUCCUCGGCUGCCUCAUAAAGCGAUGGCAGCGGCCGACUUCGGCAAGAUCCGGAUAGGCGUCAACGUGGAGAUCAAGCGCAGCGAUGGCCGAAUUCACCAAGCCAUGGUAACAUCUCUAAAUGAAGAUAGUGAAAGCGUAACUGUUGAAUGGAUUGAAAAUGGAGAUACUAAAGGCAAAGAGAUCGAGUUGGAUAGUAUAUUUUCACUUAACCCAGGUCUUGCACCUGAUGAAGAUCUUGAAUCACUUCCAGCUAAUACAUCAAUCAGAGUAACCAGAAUGAAGAUGCGACGAACUGCAGGAGCUGUUAAGAAUGAGAACACUGCCAGAGACAACAAAGUGGUUGGUUCUGUACGUGCACGACCUAGUCAGCUUCCUGAGCAGCCUUCCUCCUCUCAACAGAAUGGUGGUUUGCCUGGUUUUCCAGAUUUAUCUCCAGUUCAAGCUACAAAAAAGGAAUUUGGACCCCUUUCACGCAGAAAAUCAAAUUGUGUAAAAGAGGUUGAAAAGCUGCAAGAGAAACGUGAAAAAAGAAGGUUACAGCAGCAGGAACUCCGAGAAAAAAAAGCUCAGGAAGUUGAUGCUACAAACCCAAAUUAUGAAAUUAUGUGUAUGAUAAGAGAUUUCAGGGGAAGUUUGGAUUAUAGACCACUGACAACUGCAGAUCCUGUUGAUGAACACAGGAUAUGUGUGUGUGUACGGAAACGACCACUCAAUAAAAAAGAAACUUCGUUGAAAGACCUUGACGUAAUAACAAUUCCUAGUAAAGAUGUUGUGAUGGUACAUGAACCAAAACAAAAGGUGGAUUUAACAAGGUACCUAGAAAACCAAACUUUUCGUUUUGACUAUGCCUUUGAUGACACAGCUUCUAAUGAAAUGGUUUACAGGUUUACAGCUCUACCAUUAGUGGAGACGGUAUUUGAAGGGGGAAUGGCCACCUGUUUUGCAUAUGGGCAAACAGGCAGUGGAAAGACCCAUACUAUGGGUGGUGACUUUUCAGGAAGGAACCAAGAUUGUUCUAAAGGAAUAUAUGCACUCGCAGCUCGAGAUGUCUUUUUGAUGCUGAAGAAACCAAGCUAUAAGAAGUUAGAACUUGAAGUAUAUGCAACAUUUUUUGAGAUCUACAGUGGUAAGGUUUUCGACUUGUUGAACAGGAAGACAAAAUUAAGAGUGUUAGAAGAUGGUAAACAGCAAGUCCAGGUGGUGGGAUUACAGGAACGGGAAGUCAGAAGUGUUGAAGAUGUUCUUAAGCUGAUUGAAAUGGGCAACAGCUGCAGGACAUCUGGCCAGACAUCUGCAAAUGCACACUCUUCUCGAAGCCAUGCAGUGUUUCAGAUCAUUCUCAGAAAGAAAGGAAAAUUACAUGGUAAAUUCUCUCUGAUUGAUCUGGCUGGCAAUGAAAGAGGAGCGGAUACUUCAAGUGCAGAUAGGCAGACACGACUGGAAGGUGCAGAAAUUAACAAGAGCCUUUUAGCACUCAAGGAGUGCAUUAGAGCCUUAGGCCGAAAUAAACCUCAUACGCCCUUCAGAGCAAGUAAACUUACUCAGGUACUAAGAGAUUCAUUCAUUGGGGAGAACUCACGUACCUGUAUGAUUGCUACGAUUUCCCCGGGGAUGGGAUCAUGUGAAAACACUCUAAAUACAUUAAGAUACGCAAAUAGAGUAAAGGAAUUUGGAAUUAGUCCUUCGGACAUUCCCUUCUCACAGGGUAGUGGCAGUCGCUCUGAUCUCUCUCCUUCCUAUGAGUAUGACGACUUUUCUCCUUCAGUCACCAGGGUGAAAGAGCUGAUGGUUGAGCCUGGUGCUUCAGGAGAGAGCCGUCCCGUUACACACCAUGCUUCCAAUCAGGUCGACGACUUGGAGGUGCAGUGGGGUGUGGGGAGCUCUCCUCAGAGAGAUGAUCUCAAACUGCUUUGUGAACGAAACGAAGAGGAAGUUUCUCCACAGUUGUUUACUUUCCAUGAAGCUGUGUCACAAAUGGUAGAAAUGGAAGAGCAAGUGGUAGAAGAUCACAGGACUGUCUUCCAGGAAUCUAUUAGAUGGCUGGAAGAGGAAAAAGCUCUUCUUGCGAUGACAGAAGAAGUAGACUAUGAUGUGGAUUCUUACGCUACCCAACUUGAAGCAAUUCUAGAACAAAAAAUUGAUACUCUGACCGAACUUAGAGACAAAGUGAAAUCUUUCCGGGAAGCUCUACAAGAGGAAGAACAGGCCAGUAAACAGAUCAACCUGAAAAGACCACGUGCCCCUUGAAGUAGGCCUUUGCUGCUAAAGGAAUCCAUGAACCUGUACUGCUGUAGCACACAUUUAAAAAACCCAGUGGCCGUAAGAACUCGACUACUUGAAAAUGUAAAAGCGUUAGAAAUGUCUGUGGAAAUGUCCUGUUUUAGUCAUCUGAAUGACAUUUUCAGUUUUGUGUGAAAUGCUCCUAUGAUGUCUACAAAAUGCUUCUAGACCAGACAGCACAACCAUGCAGGGUUUAGAUCUGUGCAGCACUUUGUUUAAAAUAUUUCUUUACGUUUGGGAAUAUUUGCCAUGUUUUUAAUAAUGAAGUAAAACUGGCCAUUGAAAAGUCAAAGAAUUUCCUUUUAACAAUGGUCAGUUUUGUUACAAAGACCAGCUGUGCAGUUUUAAAUUGUGUUUGCAUGCAUGCACACCUCACUAGUGGCUGUACAUAACUUGUCUGGUACAGACAGCUGUGCUUACCUCUAGCUAGUUCUGUGCCUUGAUGAAGGCUACUUAACCCUAAACAUCCUCUUUUUAAAGCACAGCCUUAAUAAACAACAUUCCUUAUUUGUCAAUAUAAAUUACUUUAGCGUGUGCACAUUUUUAAUGUGUUCUCAUACUUUUUGGCUUUUUUAGUGGCUAGUUUGAUUUCACAAGGAUGUGCCAUAUCAUUUGAACAGAAACUGCAAGAGCUGUUGGAGUGGACAAACAGUUGGCCUUUCCAUCUUCCUUGCAAAAAAUCUGGAAUUUAGAUUUAUUUGAAUACCAUAAAGAAUGGUUAUAGAAUUCUAACAUUUUAUCUGUAAAAAAAAAAAAAAAAUCAGAACAAAGAAACAAAAAUACAAAUUAGUUGAUGUAUAAAAAAGGCUAAUGUUUAAGUACUGAGAAGACUUGUAUCUUAGGAUAAUGCAGAUAUACAGUGUGUGGUAUAGUGUGACAAUGCUGUCAGAUUAAAGGUACGAUCUGACUUCUGCAUAUGGAUAGGAUAACUGUCAAAGUUCAGGGAUCCAGCUAAAUACAUACAUAUUGGCCUUUCACAUACUGUUAAAAUCUGGCUUUUGAUGCAUGACAAACUUACAUGUACAUUAACUGUAGUUUGAGUAGCACUGUUGCUUUAAAAACAAGUAGCCAAUACCUGUUUUUCCCUUUGUACCAUGCCGGCAGCUGAAGUGAGGUGAAAUUGCGCCAUAUGGGGAUUAUGUACAAUACCUCUACCUAGCACCAACAGAAAUCUCACAGGCACCUGAAUUCUCAUGAAUCGGUGCCAUGUGUAUCAGCACUUCUUGGGUGGUGGUACUUUUUAUUUUUGCAAAGCAGUAUGCAAAAAAGAUUGACCUUUCAUGUAAGAACUUCUUGUCAGAUGAACAAUUGUAGACCUUUCUGGGAGUUCUCCCUCUUUCUAGGAGUUCUUAUUGGCACUUUCCCUGGAAUUGUUUAAAAGUUAACUUUUGGAGUAAGAGCCAGUUUUUCCCUUUCCUUCCCUUUAUUCCCAUCAAGGCCUGGCACAAAAAGAGAGUUACAUGAGCCAGGGAUUCUUGUAGCAUUUGUUUGUAUCUCCCAUACAAAGGCAGGCCAUCAAGCUCUUACUGCAUCAUGGUUAAAAAGAAAAAACAAACUCCCAUGUGUAAACAUGAAAACUGAAACAACAAUGUUGAUUUUACAUAAUGUGUUUGAAAAAAAUAAGCUAUUAAA